AUGAGUUUUUUCAUGGUACCUUCAGUUUCUUAUCAAACUCAACAGAAAUUAAAUAAACAACGAAAUAGUCAAAGUAGUGGUAAAUCAAAGGAUAAGGAUAAAAAAGAUCAUAAAGAAAAGGAUAAGGAUAAAGAUAAGGAUAAGGAUAAGGAUAAGGAUAAGGAUAAGGAUAAGUGUAAAAAACUGAAAUCGAAAUCUUCACUGAGUAAUUUACCUGCGGGUAAUACUAGAUCUUCACAUAGUUCUGGAUCUAGGAACAGUUCAGAUUCAAAUGAUGGAAAAUCGAUCUUAUCAACUACAACUACAACUACAAACAAACUGGAGAGUCCUAGUGUUUCUUAUAGUACAUUGACCAAAUUAACAGAAGAUCAAAAAGAAGAUGGAAAUGAUGAGAAAGUUGGAAAUAAACAAGGACCGGGUGAAGAUCCAAAAAAAUUUAGUGUUAGUGAUAGUGAUAGUGAUAAAGGUACACGUCAUCCUCAUCCUCAUCCUCAUCCUCAUCCUCACCAUAGUACUGCUGAUUGUAAAGAAGAUCUUAGUCAUACUCAUUGUGAUGAAAACAAAGAAUAUGCUUCAAAAAUAGCUUCAAAUUAUCGAGAAACCAUGGGCACAGAUAAUUUUAAAGCGUUAAAUUCACUUAAAAGUUCAUCUAGUUUAAAUAUGUUGGGUUCUACUCCAAAUGCACAAUCAGCAACAACACCUUCAAUGUUAAAACCAAGAACUAAUUCGACAUAUGGAGACCAAAAUCAACCAAGUCUCGUUACAACUCCACCUCCAGGUGGUCAUUCAUUAUCUUAUUCACACUAUAAUUCAAAUCAACCUUUUCACCGAAACACUUCAACGACGAGUUCAUCAUCAUCUACAGCUUCACAAAAUUCAAAUCCAGGAUUUCUUUUAGGUUCAAAUACACAUCAAAAAUUUAGAAAAUUAUCAUUUUUAGGAAAUUCAACAUCUUCAGCUGCUAUUAAAAGAAGAGAUAGUGCUGGUGCUGGUGCUGGAGCUUCACCAGAAUCACCAGGUGCUCAUAUCAGAGGAAUACCAGGAUCUCCAAAUAUACGAACUUCUUAUUUUCCAGAGGUUACUUCAAAAUUAUUAUCAGGUAAAAUUCAACCCUUUAUUCCAAUUUUAGAUUUAUCAAUUUAUAAUUCAGUUGAAAGUUUAAAAUCAAGUUUCUUUACACCAACGUAUCAAAUAUUUAGGUAUAAUAAUUUUUUAUCUUUACUUGGUGAUUAUCAUUCAAGUGAUGCAUUAAAUUUUGCAAAUAUUAGAAAUCAUUCAUUAUAUAAAUUCAUGAUACGACAAAAGAAAGCAAAAGCUUAUUUACAAGAAAAUCCAGAAAGUAAAGAAUUUAAUGAUUUAUCUACAUUAGAAGGUGUUUUAUCGUAUAAAUUAUAUGCACCAGCUAGAGGAUAUUUAAGAUCAAUGAUUAAAGCCGCAAGUAAGAAUCAUAAAUUACAAAAUCAUGAAGAAUUAGUGCAAUCUAAUUUUGUAAAUUAUAUAAGAUAUUUGAUAAAUUUACCUAAUGAUCUAAAUGUUAAUGAGUUGAAUGAGACUGAAGAGAGACAUUUUGAAUUUAAAAUGUUGUUUAUGAAAGUUGUUGAUACUUUACAUUCUUUAAAGUCUGAUGAUGCUACUGAUAUAAUACCUAAUGAAGCAACUGCACAACAAACAAAAACUAAAUUACUCGUUGAAGUAAUCACCAAGGUUAGUUAUGAGUACAUUUUAUUGGAAAAAUAUAGAUUUGAUAUUACAACCAAAUUUCAUGGUAAUAGAUUAUUUGAUAAGGAUGUUUUAGUAUAUUUAUUCAACAAGUAUAAAGAAAAUAUUAAAAAUCAUAGUAGGGAAAAUGUAAAAGUAUUUAUAUUUAAUAGUUCAAAUUCAAUUCAAUAUGGUUGGUAUUUAGCUAUUACUAUUCCAUUUGUAAGAUUUGUAGAAAGUCAUAUAUAUAAUGAAGAAACUGAAUUGAUUGAAAAUUUUGAAAAUUAUCAAAGAUUUCAACAACAUCAAUCAAUCAAAAUUGAUUUUAAAUCAGGUGAUAAUGAAUUAUAUGAUACAUAUAUUAAAAAACUUGGGUUUUCAUCAUUUCAAGAAUAUACAAACAUGAGUAAUGAAAAAUUAGUGAAAUUAGCAAAAUUAAUAGAUAAUCAAUCUCCAAAAUAUAAUAAAAUUAAUCGUCAUGAAGUUUCAGAUCCAUGUGCUACUUUCUCACAUCGUCCAAUGAAUUAUGAAUAUUUAAGUUAUAGUAUGGCAAGUAUAAUGUCAAAUUCAUUUGAAUUAAUUCAUUGUAAUGAUUUAGCUUAUCAAAUAAAACAACAAAAUUACAAAGUUAUUUUGAAUGAAUUUCAUAGAAUUUUAAAACCCACAGGAAUUUUAGUUAUUGAGUUUAUUCAUUUAGGUUCUGAUACAAUUGAAGAAUUUAUGAAAACACAUCAAGAUGGAUCAUUUCCAAAAGUUUGGAAUUUUAAAGAAACUUCAGUAUUGAAAUACUUUGAUGCAAUGCCAAAUUUUGUUGAAAAUGUAUUAUUUGCAUUGGAUGAAAUAUUUGGUAAAGGAAAUGUUAAAUUUUCAUUUUCAUUAUUAAAUUCACAACUAGAUGUUAAUAAUUUUUUGAUUAAGUUUGCCGGUAUGAAAUUAUAUGAAUUAAUCGGUAAAUUUAAUGAUUAUUGCGAAUUUUUUCAUGAUUCAAAUGAAGGAUUAAAAGCGAAAAAUGGACAAAGUGUACAUUUUAAUAUUCAACUAAGAGCAUAUAAGAAAGACGAAUGUUAA